CAGAGGAAGGUGACGCUGUGCUCCGUUGCCUUGCAGGGAUGCCUGGCUGGGAGGUAGGCGACUGAAUGGCAAGCAUGGAAGGGAGAGGACCCUACCGCAUUUACGACCCUGGCGGGGGGACGGAGGAGAAUGGAUCCACAGCCUUUGAGCGGCUGGUGGAGGAGAACACCCGGCUGAAAGAGAAGAUGCAGGGGAUCAAGUCUAUCGGAGAGCUGCUGGAGGAGUCCCAGGUGGAGGCAUCCAAGCUGCGACAGAAAGCAGAGGACCUUGUGAAGGACAACAAAAUGCUUAUUGCAUCAUCUUCCUUGGAGGACCUGGUGAAAACUGGAGCUGUCGGCCCUGAUCCCAGCUCCACACAGGCCACCCCGGGCAGCACCCAGCCAGACGUGGAACCACGGAAAUCUCCUCCCAGUGGAUCCUCCUCGGAGUUCGAGAUCGUUGCUGUUGAAGCACAAGGGUUUCCCCAGGAGAGCGGGAGAGCGGACUUGGAGCAGCCACCAAAUGAGGAUAGCAACCUGUUGCCCCAGCUGCAGCAGCUGGAGAGCACGCUGAGCGGCUGCACCAAGGAGGCCAGCAAGGACCAGGUCUUCGUGCGCAUGGGCUACAUGGCCUCCGAGCUCAAGCGCCUGGCUUCCAAGGUGCACAAGAACGAGCAGAGAACAUCGUUCCUGCAGACGCUGUGUGAGACGCUGCAUAGUGAGAACAAGGAGCUGCGAACCAAGCUGGAGCGGGACCUGGAGCAGAGAAACCAGGCACUGGAGAAGCUCAGUGGGAAGAGGGAAGCUGCGGAGCAGAAGCAGCAGAGCGGGGCCGCGGUGGAGAAGGCGCCGGGCAGAGGAGAGCUGGAGGCCAAGGAGAAGAAGGUGAAGAUCCUGGAGCACCAGCGCAGGGAGCUGCUGGAGGUGAAUAAGCAGUGGGAUCAGCACUUCCGAGCCACGAAGCAGAAGUACGAGCAGAAGGUCACAGACCUGCACCAGGAGCUGGCCGAGGCCCGGAGGGCACUGACCGAGCUGGAGGCAGAGCGGGAGCAAAAGCAAAGGGAUUUUGACCGCAAGCUGCUCCUGGCCAAGUCCCGGAUUGAAACAGAGGAGGCAGAGAAGGAGAGGUUGGCCAUGGAGGUGAGGGACCUGCAGCAGAGGAUGCGGUUCCUGCAGGAGCAGCUGGCUCCGGUCACCAGGCAGCGGGAGUACCAGGAGAAGGAGAUCCAGAGGUUGAACAAGGCACUAGAGGAGGCCCUGAAUGUCCAGGCCUCCCCACCACCCAUCUUUGGUAGCACCAUGGAGCCAGUGGGGAAGGUGCCACAGCAGGAGCUGCUGACCCAGAACGAGCUCCUCAAGCAGCAGGUAAAAAUUUUUGAGGAAGACUUCCAGCGGGAGCGGAGUGACAGAGAGAGGAUGAACGAAGAGAAGGAAGAGCUGAAGCAGCAGCUAGAGAAGCUGCAGAAGCAGUUGGUCCUUUCCAACAACCAGCUGCGAGCCUCCAAGGACGACUGCCAGAGGGAGAAGGAGGAAAAGGAGAAGCUGAAGAAGCUGCUGAAACAGCACAAGCAG